AUGAGUUUCACUGUUGAGAAUAAUAAUGUUUAUAACUCUGAUUAAAUAAGCAAUACUGACAUAUUUAAAAUGAAUAAUAACUUCUUUUUAUAAGGAUAAGAAUAAUAAAAAUUAGAAUAAGAUUUUUAGUUAGUAUCCUAGAUAUUGUUUAAAGAUCAUAAUAUAAAUGAGUUUGUAAAAUAAAAUAAUGCUUCUAUGUAAUAUUGAUCUAAUUUUAAGAAAACAAAUCAUUACGAUUUAAUCUUAUUAUAGGAUGUAUUAAUGUAAGAUAAAGUACUAAAAAAGAAAGAAGUGGUCUAGAUAUAGAAAAUGUGUUAUUCAAGAAUUAGUUGAAAGCGAAUUUACAUAUCUAAGUAAUUUAGAACUAAUCAUUGUGAAAGUAUAUGAUCCAUUAUAAAUAUUGUUGUAAGAAACUGAUUCAAAAUUAUUAUUCCGAAACUUGAAACAAAUAUAUUUACUAAAUAAGUAAUUUUUAAUUGAAAUUUCAGGUAUUUUUGUUAAUCUAUUAAAUUAGAAAGAUUUAGUAAUUUUAACUAACAUACAUGUUUUGGCAAGAUCUUUGAUAAGUAUGUUUUAUUUUUUAAAAUUUACUUUGAAUACUCAUCUGGUUUUACUAUAGAGAUUGUAUCUAAAAAAAGAAAAGAAAUUUAAUAAUUAGAUAAUUUCCUUAAAGAGUUGGAAUAAACAGAUAUAUUUAAAGGAGGGAAUUUAGAAUCUUAUUUAAUUAAACCGGUUUAGAGAUUACCAAAGUAUGUUCUAUUAAUUAAAGAUUUAAUUAAACAUACAUGGGAAUCUCAUCCAGAUUAUAAAUAAUUAUAAAUAAGUCUAAAUAAAUUUAUUGAAGUAAAUUCUAAGAUUGAUAUUUUGAUGGAUAAGUAAUUUAAAAAAUAUAUUUUAGUGUUCUAAAAAAUUAAAUGUUAUUUGAAUUGCAAUAAUUAUAUUUUGAUUCUAUUAAUGUUUCAAUUGUUAUAUCAACAAGAAGAUAUGUUUAAAGUGAAACAAUUAAUAUUCUUGUAUCCAAUUAAUAGAAAUCAGUUAUUGUUUAUAUAUGCAAUGAUAUGAUAAUUCUUACUUAGAGAAUUUAAAAUGCUUUAAAUAAACAACAUGAAAAAUUGUAUGAAUAUCUUUACCUUAAUGAGAAUUCUUAUUGUAAAAAUAUACCUGAGACUUAAUAUUGUAAAUUUUUAUUUACAAUAUCCUCUUAAGAAUAAUCCAUAACAUUUAUAUGUUAAGAUGCAGAAUAAAAAUAAAAAUUAUUAAUUUUAUUUAAAUCUUUAAUUAAUGAAAUUAAGAUGAAAUAUGAUUUAAAUACUGAAACAGUUUAACUUUAAGAAAACAAACCAAUUGAAGUAAAUGCCAAGGGUACAGAAUAAAGAAAAUCUCUAUUGAAAUCAUAUACAGUUUAUGUGAUGAUUGUAUAUAUAGAAUUGAAAAUAGAUUAUUGCUGGAACUUAGAAGUUUACUUUGUUGACAAGAUAUAGUAAUUUAAUUAAGUUAGAGAAUAUUCUAAGAGAAGAAUAUCCAGAAAUCUCUAUUCCACAUUUAAGUAAAAAUUAAUGGGAAAACAAUAAGAAAACAUAACUUAUUGAAGCUAGAAAAAUUAUUAUUGAAAAUUUCCUUGUGGCUGUUCUUAAUUCUCCUUAUGUUAAAGAAAAUCCAGAAUUUGUAUUAAAAUAUUUAGAACUUCCUCCUUCAUUAUAUUAGACUCUUACUUCUAGUCCAAUUCGUCAAGAUAGAAAUUCUUCAAGAAAUAAAUUUGGAUCUUCUUAAUUUAAUACAGGAAGAUUCUCCUUUAAUGCUACCUUAAAAUCUCUAAAAAACUCAAUUUCUAUCAGAUCAACUGAACCUCUCAAAAGUUUAAUAGGUUAGGAUCAAACUAUUACAAUUAAGGUUUAAUACUUUUUUUAUUCUUAGAUUAUUUUUCUUAAUGAUUUUAAUAUCAUUUUACCUAUUAGUCCUGAAUUAAGAGUUAAUGAUCUAAUUUAGAUGGCAGCUGAGACUAUUAAACUAAAAAAUUAUGAAGAUUUUAAACUUUAUUUUAUUAAUGAAUAAGAAAUUAGAAUUCUUGAUAAUAAUGAUUGCAUACCAAAAAAUAAAAAAAAUAAAUCUAACAAUGAAGGUGUUAUAUCAAAGAUUUCUUUUUUAUUCAAAGAAAAACAUAAAGAUGAUUCAAAAUUAUUAUUCAAAAAAUAUUUAUAUUUAAAUUUAAAAUAGGAAAAAAAAGAAUAUUAAUCAGAUCCAGUAAGACUUAAAUUAUUAAUUCAUCAAGCAUUUGAUGAUAUUAAAAAUAUGAAAUAUAAGCUUACCUUGUAAGAAUAUUGUAUUUAUUUUAUAUAUUAUCUAAUUAUUAAGCAAUACGAAUAUUUCAAAAAUGUAAAGUUAAUUUAUAUUUUUAGAUUUUUAAAAAAAAUACUUUGCCUUUUGAUUUAGUUAAAUAGUUAAUUCCAGAAAAAAUUCUUAAAUCAGAAUAGGAAUAAAUUUGGACAUAUUAAAUUUAUAUUAACAUUGGAAAUGUAAAAAAAGAAAUUGAAAAAAUUAUUAAAUUACAAUAUAAAAACUUAUAAGGAAUAAAAAACGAAGAAUAACAAUUUUAAUAUAUUUCAGAAUUGCAUUUUAUGGAAUCCGUACAAAAAAAUGAAUUUUAUGGACUGCACUAUUUUAAUAUUGAAAUUUCUAAUUCAAUCAAAGAAAUACUUUAAAAGUUUUUAUAAUUAUUUAUUUAGAUAAUAUUAAUGUUAACUUGAAACAUAAUCUACUUUAGGUGUUAAGUUUGAUAGGUUUAUAAUUAUCAAUAUAAUGGAAAAGAAACUGGAAAUCUUAUUAAGUGAUAUUAUUAAUCUUUCACCAUUUCCUUUUUAUUUUGAAUUUUAAACAAAACAAAUUCAAAAUGAUAAAAUUAUAUUAAAAACCUCAAAUGGGUUAGAAAUUUAAAAACUUUAUGAACUCUAUUCAAAUAGAACUAAUAAUUUGGCAAUAUGA